AUCAGCUUGGUACCGGAUGCCUCGCGUGAACCGGACCGCCGUGUUGUCGCUGCUGCUGAUCAGCAGCUGCGUGUUUCUGCUCUUCCAGCUAAACUACUACCGGAAAUAUGUCAGCAAGUCCGGUCUUCAUGUCCUGAACCCUGCUGGUCAUGUGACCUCCAACCAAGUCCAAUGGCAGACACUGAAGAAGUUCCUGGCGUUGGCGCAGCACUUCAAGCUGCCGCUGUUCCUCGCUGACGUCGCAGCACUGACGCUGCUCUCCCAUGAUGCUGUGCGGCAGCGUGACCGUAUGACCCGUGAGCCACACUGCAGUUUCUUCUGCACCGGCCGGCCAAUCACAUCGUUCGCUCUGCAGGCCAACCUAUGGAAGUAUGAUCCUGCCUUCCUACUGGCCGCCCAGCAGAAAGGGUUUGAGCUGCUGGAGCUGCGAGGAGAGGACCCACGACUCGCCAGUCUGGACACCCUGUCAGGGGAGGAGCUUCCGCUGCACUUCCUGUUUCGUCUCCAUAGUUACAGCAUCCAUGUGGUGCUCCUGUACGAGCGCAGUGGAAACUAUUUAUGGCACGGCGCUCUGAGACUCAAAGUCAAUGUGGACCGAAGUUUCUCGCCCUUCAGACUUCUGGACUAUGGACGCCACGCAGGAGCCUACGACAGGCCAGAGCUGAUCCUCACCGUGCUCGACGGCCUCGAUGUUCGAGUCCCGCGCAACAUUUCAGAGUUUCUGAGGCAGCACAGACACGCUCGCUUCUUGGAGUGUCGUUACCGUGACGCCCGCAGCUUCCUGCAGCUCUACCCUCAAGACUCUUCGGCAGCAGCUGUGGAUUUUCGCAGGAAGGCGAAGUCGUUACUUCAUUCAGCCGCUCGGACGCUCGCUGCGCUCCGCGUACCGUUCUGGAUCAGCAGCGGCACUUGUCUGGGAUGGUUCCGGCAGUGCAGCAUCAUCUCGUACAGUCGGGACGUUGACAUCGGGAUUUUCAUCACGGACUUCAGGCCCGACAUUGUCACAGCGUUCAGAGACGCCGGCUUUUCUCUCAAACACAAGUUUGGAAAGGUGGAGGACAGUCUGGAGCUGUCCUUUGUGGACGAUGAUGUCAAACUGGACAUUUUCUUCUUCUACAAAGACGGCGGUGUGGUGUGGAAUGGAGGGACGCAGGCGAAGAGCGGCAGGAAGUUCAAGUACAUCUUCCCGCACUUCUCGCUGUGCUGGGCGGAGCUUCUGGAGGUCAAAGUUCGUGUUCCAUGUGAGACGCUGGACUACGUGACAGCUAACUACGGCGCUACGUGGAGUGUCCCAGUGAAGAGCUGGGACUGGAAGACGUCACCCAGCAACGUGCUGGAAAAUGGGGUGUGGCCUGUUGCUGAGUGGGCGGAGCUUAUUCAAGUGCACUAACGUUGUGAAGUGAGGCAGGAACGUGAAAAUGUUUUUUCCUUUUUGUUUUCUUUCCCUGUAAAACACCUGUGCUACAAAUAAAGUUAGAACAAGAUUGUUUAUGGACGGUAACGUCCUUCAGAUGGA